UUGUUAUUAUUGUCUCAUGUUAUGUGUGGAGUUGAACGUAAAAAAAUAUUUGAAAUAAAUAAUGAGUUUUAAAAUAACAAAUAACACGUGCAGAAUUUGUUUACUACCGAAUAAAAAAGUUGAAAAUAUUUUUUCGAUUUCUAACUACGAUGAUUACAAUGGACUGAUAUUUGAAUUUAAACAAAAAAUUGAAAUCCACUGUGGGAUUGAGAUUGAUAAGAAUGAUGGAUUACCGAGCAAUAUAUGCAUUGAUUGCAUAGCAAGGAUUAAUGGUGCUCAUGAUUUAUGGAAACGAUGUCAAGUAACAGAUAAAAAACUAAAGGAAUUUUACAAUAGAACUAAUGGAAAAGUAAUCAAUUGCGUUACUUUAAAAAAUAAAUCUAGUCAAACCGGAGAUUCAUCAACACUAGAAAUAACCGAACAUGAAGACGAAAAAAAAUUAUACCACACAAAUACGUUGUCUUCGUUAAAAGAAACGAUUGCAUUAAAUAAAUUACAGAAUAAUAAAAAAAAUUCUACCUGCGAAGUAAAUAACAGUAAGGAUACAAAUUUAAAUGAAAGUAGAACAGAGUCGAAGCUAAAGCUGCGAAACUUUAAAUUAAUAAAUUUACCAAGUGAUAAAAUAAUAGAUUAUAAAUAUAAUAAUUCAUUUAAAUUCGUAAACUGUAUAUUUCCUCAGAAAAAAAUAAUCAAAUUUGAAUCGACGCUAAAAAAUAAUAAUAAUUCGUGUGAAAAAAAAAAUUUAGAGUCGGAAAAAAUUGAUUUAACUCUGAGUGAUGACAGUGAAAAUACAGACGUAAAUGUUGACAAUAAUUCUGAUGAGCAGAUGAUAGUGAAGUCAAAUACUAAGACUGUUAAUAAUUUCUGUACGAAAAAAAAGUUGGACUCAGAAAAAAUUGAUUUAACUCUGAGUGAUGACAGCGAAAAUAAAGACGGAGAAGUUGAGAAUAAAUCUGAUGAGUUGAUGGCAGUGAAGUCAAAUAAUAAUUUCUGUAAAAAAAAGAAAUUGGAGUCACAAAAAAAUGAAUUGACACUGAAUGAAGACAGCGAAAAUCAAAAUGAAAAUAUCGAGAAUAAUUCUGAUGAGUUGAUGACGACGAAGUCAAAUACUAAGACAUCUAAUAAUAAUUUCUGUAAAAAAAAGAAGUUGGAGUCACAAAAAAUUGACUUGACUCUGAACGAUGGCAGUGAAAAUCAAAAUGAAAAUAUAGAGAAUAAUUCUGAUGAUUUAAUGACAGUAAAGUCAAAUGCUAAGACAACUAAUAACAAUUUCUGUAAAAAAAAGAAGUUGGAGUCACAAAAAAUUGACUCGACUUUGGGUGAUGACAGUGAAAAUCAAAAUGAAAAUAUAGAGAAUAAUUCUGAUGAGUUGAUGACAGAGAAGUCAAAUCCUAAAACUAUUCCACUGAGGCAACUGAAAGAAAUAAAUGACGUCAUUGAAAAUGAUCACUGUUAUACAAGUUUUGUAAAGCCCGCGAUAAGAAAGUCAGCGAGGGAAAAACGGCCAGUAAAUUUGGAUAAUGACGAAUCAGAAAAAGUAAAUAAGAAAUCAAGUGAGUCAGCUGAUGUAAAACAAAUCCAGUGUCAUCUGUGUGAUAAAAUGUUUGUCAGAAAAUCGGCUUUCUUAAAACAUAUUAAACACCACAAGAUAUCAUCGAGAGAAAAUAAAUUGCAGUGUAGGAUUUGUAAUAAACAGUUGGGAUGCAAUGGAUCUCUUAAACUUCACUAUUUGACUCAUGAAGAAGAAAAACCACAUAAAUGCAAUUAUUGCGAUCGAAGAUUUAUAACGAAACGCAAAUGUAUAUAUCACGAGAGAAGUCAUACACUUGAGCGACCGUAUACUUGCGAUCUCUGUGACGCGAAUUAUCCUCAGAUGCAUUUAUUGAAACUUCAUAUCACGAAACAUACUGGGGAAAAUAAAUACUUGUGUGAUAAAUGUGGAAAAACUUUUAGGAUGUAUAAGUGUUUGAGAGAACAUCUGUAUACUCAUACUAAAGAAAAACCUUUUGUUUGUCGCAACAAUUGUGGAAUGGCUUACGGUAACUCUGGUAGUUUAUUUGCGCAUAGAAAAAAAUGUCUCAUCAAAUUAACGCCGGUAGUUGAUUAACAUGUUUACUUCCUUCUGAGUUUCAGUUUAAAAAGUAUUGAAUUACGCUGUAGAAAAUUUGCGGAAUGUGUAUUUAAUGCCCGUGGAGUAAAUUCAUUCCGAAGGGAAGUUCAUUGUAAUUUUUAAGGGGGAAGCUGGUCUGAGAUACAAAAGAAAGAGGAUAUUUUGGUGAUUUUUUUUUUUAGAGUACCGUCUUUAUUAAAAUUCUUAAAAUUAGUGACAUUAUUAAGCAACAUUCCAAGAAUAUUCUACUAAAUUUUCAUAAAAAAAUAUUGAAAAAUAAGCCGGUGGUAGUGGGGAGAGACGAGUCACUUAAAAAAAAAGUCUCCAUGCCGUAGGCAGGAUAACUCAUGACUGCUUCAUCUGAAAUAAAAAAACCAAAAAGAUUUCUUUAGUACAUAAGUUUAUCUUAGAUUUGAACAAAGGAUUUUUUUUUCAAUAACUACUUAUUUUUUAAUUAAACAAAAGGAAGAAUUUUUGGGAAAAAUCAGAGUUUUUUGAUUGCACCCCCGAGUCAAAAAACAAAUUCGGAUUUAAGUCUCAAAGUUCUCAAUGAGGUUUUUGAGGAUCAAUUUAGAAUUUUAAGAUUGACAACAGGAUAAAAAGUUAUCCUAGUUUAGUCCUCAAAGUAGUAGUUACGACCAAUUUUACCACUUCGAAGACUAAACUGGAAUAACAUAAUCUGGAUGGAGCCUCAAAAUACUCAAAACAUACAGGAAUAAUUUUAUCCACAUUUGAACCUCAAAAGUCUCAUUCGACGCAUUCUCUCCCCUCCCUUUUCUAUCUAAAAUUUUUAAAAGUCCGAAGUAUAACUUUUCAUUCAUUGAGGAUUUUGAGGUCUUACUUAUAAUUUAAAAUCGAUAAAUUAUUGGCAUUUAGACCUCAUAGUUCUCAUUGAGGAUUUUGAGAACUAGAGUUACUUUCUGGGCGACAAAUAGAACACCAAAGAAAUUGAGGCUUUUGAGGAUUAAACUAGAACUUGUUUUUUGACUCGGGCCUUUACCAAAAAUUCAAAAAAGCAUAUUUUGUUUAUUCCUUCGUUCAAAUCUAAGAUAAACUUAUGUACUAAAGAAAUCUUUUUGGUUUUUUGAUUUCACAUGAAGCAGUCAUGAGUUAUCCUGCCUACGGCAUGGAGACUUUUUUUUUAAGUGACUCGUCUCUCCCCACUACCACCGACUUAUUUUUCAAUAUUUUUUUAUGAAAAUUUAGCAGAAUAUUCUUGGAAUGUUGCUUAAUAAUGUCACUAAUUUUAAGAAUUUUAAUAAAGACGGUACUCUAAAAAAAAAAUCACAAAAAUAUCCUCUUUUUUUUGUCUCUCAGACCGGCUUCCCUCCUUGAACUCCAGUUCGAAGUGGAAUUAACUCUGAAGGGGAGUUUAUUUAAAUAAUAAAACUCCUAAUCGGAGUAAAUGCGGAUGGAAAUCAAAUCCAGAUCACUCUGAAAUCACUCAUCUAAAAAACAAACUCCGAAUUCGGUGAUUUUUUCUAAAACUCCGGAAGUCUGAGUGAAUACGGAUUUAAAUAAAAUCCAUAAUUACUCCGAAUCUACUCCCGAUUUUCUACAGUGUGUUCAUUUAUACGCAAAGUAGAUCUUGUGAUUUUUUUUUUCAUUGUUAAAAUUUAAAAAAUUAUUAAAAUUCUUUUAUUUUUUUAAUAGAUUAAAUUUUAGAAUUGAAGUUAAAUGUUGGGUAACAAUACGAAAAUAUUUUUUUAAAUAAUUUCAAACUAAAUUUUAUUAUUUAUUUAAUCUGUACUUUUUUAUUCCAAAUUUUAUUGUAUGCAUUUACGAAACGUUUUACCAGAUAAUAAUUAAAUAAUUAAAAAUAUUAA